CUCCACAGCCGGACCUUAUAGCAAACUGUUGUGCCGACUGAUCACGUGACCACUUUUGGAAACCGUUCAAAUGUCAAAACGCGGUAAAUGGUGUCAAGUUCAGGUGCCAGUAAAAGCAAACGGCAAGACUACAGGAUUUCACCAUGAUGUUCUUUACUCAACUAUUUACAUCCAAACGUGGACCAUUAGCUAAAAUCUGGUUGGCAGCACAUUGGGACAGGAAACUCACAAAGGCUCAGGUGUUUGAAUGCAAUUUGGAAAGCACCAUCAGUGACAUCAUCUCUCCAAAGAUGAAAAUUGGCUUGAGGACAUCUGGUCAUCUACUCUUGGGAGUGGUGAAGAUUUACUCUAGAAAAGCAAAGUAUCUACUGACAGACUGCAAUGAUGCCCUUGUUAAAAUAAAAGUGCCAUUCAGGCCAGGGCAGACUGAUAUGCCUGCUGAUGAGCUUGAGGCCACAUUCAAAGCGAUUACCUUGGUUGAGGAUUUUACUGAUUUUGAUGCCCAGCUGCCACACCCAAAUAACAUAGAUGUUGUCGACCACUUAUCAUUGAACCAGUCUCGAACAGAGGAAAUCACUCUGAGGGAGGAUUUUGGAAAUGACUUUCUCACCUUUUCAGACUUUGGAGAUGAGUCCCAGUGCCACCGGAGUGGGAUGCUGGACAGUAGCUUUCAUAGCUUAGUAAACCACAAAGACGCUUUUGGAGAUGAGGACAGAAGAUUUGACCUGCUUGACUUUCUGACAAACUCCAGUGAUCAUACUGAAUCAAUGGACCUCGUAUCAGAGAACCUGCAAAAUGAAAUGCCAGGAACCUCAACAUUAGAUGUUCACCAAGAUGAUGUGAACAGAAUGGGUGCUAUGGAGGUAGAGCACCCAACUUUGAAUGAGACCACCCUGCUUGCUAAAGAGGAGGAGGCCUUUGUCCUUAUGCCUGUGGCUGUCACUCCAACCUCACAGAGGAAGAAGGGGAAGAGGAAGCGGAAGUUGGUUGUAGACCAGACUAAGGAGCUGACCGAUGAGGCCAUCAAAGAGCAGCUUAGUGACUUUUCAGACCUGGUUGCCCCUCUGGACAUGGCCCCGCCCACCCACCAGCUCAUGCAGUGGAAAGAAAGCGGGAGCGCAGACAAACUUUUUAGACAACCUUGUUCCACUGUCAUAACUCCACAGUUAAAGGAGCUCUUUGCUAAGAGUAUUUUCCAGCGGAUUGAUGGUGUGGGUGAGGAAGCUGAGGAGAUGCGCGAGGAUGGACAAGAUGUUAAUAGGGAUGCAAGUACCCUCAGCACAGAGCACCUCAGUGUCUUGGAUUCGUUUGUGGUUCCUGAGAACAGGAGGCAGACCACUGAGCUGCUGCCGCUCGACAACAUGUCUGUCAACCAACCUGAUAAUUCAUCAGAGCUCACACAGGAUGAGAGCAGAGUGGAGUUCUCUCACCCAGAGCUACCAUCAGAAGACUCAAUGUUUGUCCAUCCCUCCAACUUGCAGGAGACUCAGUCAACCUCCAUGCACACUCAGUCUAUGAUGGACAGCCAAGCCUUUGAGGAGAGGAGAGUAACCAGACGAGCACAGAAGCUUCUGAAAACCCUCAGAUCACAGAGCCAGAGCUGCAGCACCACCUUGUUUAGCCUACAGGCAUUAUGUGAGAAGAACACUCGCUCACAGGCCGCAGCCACCUUCUUCUGUGUCCUGGUCCUGAAGAAACACCAAGCCCUCGACCUGCACCAGAACGCACCAUAUGAUGACAUCUGUGCCACACCUGGUCCCACAUUCUAUAGUUUGUAAAAUACAGGAGUGUCCUGGUUUUGCUGCAUGUACUAGGUGACAGUAGUAUGUUUUAAUAAGACAUGUUACCAGGAUUUAAAAAAAAAAAAAAAAAGUUACACAGUUCAGUUUCUAGGCUUAAUGUUAAAAAAACUGCUGAAAUAAAAAUAUAUAACAUGUACUCAUACAUGAAUAUGUGUGUGCAAACACUUGUACAUACAUUUUUUUUUUGUUACUCUUCCUUAGCACUUUCCAAUGAAAAUAGGUAGGGUACCAAGGAAGGAACACUGUCCCUGGGACUCUGUUUUCAAGAUCUGAUAUUAGGUAUUUAUCAGCAAACACUCUAGGACCUCCCCUAUUCUUUUUAAGUAUUACACUGCAGGACCAACAUCCCAGCUCCUAAGUGGUCUAAGUGGACAUUGCUGUUUUUUUUUUUUUUUUGUUGUUGUUUUUUUUGUUUGUUUGUUUUUUCAUUGCUUUGUUUUUGUGGUUUUGGUUAUUUAUUAAUAAGUGUGUCCAGUUAUUUCCCCGAGUUAUGCUGCUGCCCAGUCCUCUUCUGUUUUUUCUAACUGAUGUUGAUGGAAAUGUAAAAAUUGCUUAUGUACCAGAGGAUUUUUCCCAAGAAAGACCAAGCUGCUGUUGGGUCUUUAGAACAACAAAUGUAAAAGCUUUCAUGAGUAGGCUGAAUCACCAUUGUGUUUUAUCAAUACACAAGAGGAGCAGCACAAUGGUGAUUUAUUUAUGUGUAGAUGUUGCAGAUUUUUACUUUAAAGAAUAGGCAUUACUGAAGUUGUCAGCAAGUAGCCUUCUGUGCUUUAUUCAGUGUUACCUUGGGGACUGGCAUCUUGUUGAUAUAAACCACUAGAUUAAAACUGACUCUUCUAUAAGUUAUAAUAUUUUUUUAAAGUAAGUCUUAGUUUGUGUUACAUUCCUUAGCUUUGAGAAACAACACUUAAUUUAAGUAUGUACAUGUUAUUCUCACAGUCCUGUCACAAUGCUUCUUAUUCUCCAUCAGCUGAUUUCCAGAAAAUUCUCCUAAUUUAUUAUCUCACCAUUGUACAGCACUGAGCCAGAACAUCAGAAAUGAACGGGGAUCUGAUCUCCCUUCUCUUGGGGCUCUGUCUGUGUUGUACUUCAGGCUUCACACAGAGGGCAUAAUGAUCUUUUGUCUCUUGUCAGGGGCUACACGGUUUUAUGUCCAUUAAUAUAUACCAUUUUAGGUCAUAGGAAUUAUAAAGUUGGUUUAAAUGUUUUUUUUUCUUAUGUUAUUGUUCAAUAUGUGAUGUUUAAAAAAAAAGUAUAUUGUUAAUCCAUUUCAAGGG